AUGCAGCUUCCGCCCACACUGCAGCCAGUCUGCAGCAGCAGCAGCAGCAGCAGCAGCAGCAGCAGCGGCAGCAGCAGCAGCAGCAGGGAAGUCGGGUCAGGGGCUGGCGCGGGAAGGAAAGCCGCAGACAGCAACGACGGGGAACUACGGCAGCAGCAGCAGAUGAGCAGCAGCAGCAAUGUGGUGCGAGCAAAGCCACAGACAUUAACGCAGCAGCAGCAGCAGCAGCAGCAGCAGCAGCAGCAGCAGCGCAGCAGCAGCAAUGUGGUGCGGGCACAGCCGCAGCCAGUAAAGCAGCAGCAACAGCAGUAG